AUGAGCGAGAAACAAGUCGGCUCAUAUCAGGGAACACUUAAAAAGAAAGGAAGCUUCUUUGGAAUAUGGAACAAUUGCUAUUGUGAAGUAUGCAACUCGGAAUUCAUUGUUUAUAAAAAUUAUGAAUCAAAGAUCAUUGAAAAAAGAAUCCCAAUUGGUGUUGACACCACGGUUGCACCAUUAGAAGAUGAUAAAAGGAAGUUUAAGAUAGAUUCUCCAGGUAUAAACACAUUUGUUUUCCUUUCCGAAUCAGAAGAAGUUACAAUGGAGUGGAUAUUAGCCAUCAAAUCCCAAGCAAUCAAUGAUAGAACUACAACAAUGGAUGAUUUCAACAUUAUUUCAGUUCUAGGAAGAGGCUACUAUGGCAAAGUGAUGUUAGUCCAAAAGAAAGGUACAAAGAAUUUAUAUGCAAUCAAAUCAAUUCAUAAAGCUCGUUUAAUUCAAACACGCAAAGUACAUACAGUCUUUUCAGAGAGAAAUAUUCUGAUGAAAGUCAAACAUCCAUUUAUUGUUUCUCUUUCAUUUGCAUUUCAGUCUAUGUCCAAAUUUUACCUUGGUAUGCAAUACAUCCCUGGUGGUGAAUUGUUUAGAUAUCUCUCUAAAGUUGGAAAACUUCAGAUGUCAGAAGUUCGCUUUUACGCCGCUGAAAUCGGUUUGGCACUUUCUCAUCUCCAUAGUAAUGGUAUCAUAUAUCGCGACCUCAAACCAGAAAAUAUUUUACUCGAUGAAGAAGGACAUAUCAAAUUAACCGAUUUCGGUCUUGCUAAAGACAUGUCAUUUGACUCUGCAACAUCUACAUUCUGCGGAACUGUUGAAUACCUCGCUCCUGAGAUUGUACGUCGCGAACCUUACGGAAUGGCCAUAGAUUGGUGGUCAUAUGGCUGUUUGGUCUAUGAAUUCAUCUUUGGACAUACACCAUUUUACGAUGAGAACCGUGCAAAGAUCUUUAUGAGAAUCCCUGCGGAUCAACCGUAUUAUCCUUCAGAUUUUGAUCCAAAUGUUUCCGAUUUUAUCAACCAGCUUCUAUCAAAAGACCCAGAGACACGCGCUACUUUCGAUACUUUGAAGGAUCAUCCGUUCUGGGAAGGAAUGGAUUUCGAUGAAGUCUUAGAACGAAAAGUUGAGCCACUCUACGUUCCUCCGAUUGAUGACAAGUUCAAUCCAGAGAACUUUGACUCUGCAUUCACCAGAGAAACGCCAUGUGAUUCUGUUGCAACGCCAGCAAUCGAAGGACACACUGAAUUCAAUGGAUUCAGCUUUGUCGGAAGCAUGGAAAGUCAAAAGAGUAACUCUGACGCAAAAUUACCACCAAUACCUACAUUCAAGUAG